UUCAAUAAAAAGAAUGCAGAAAUUUGCGCUGAAUGGGAAAUAUUUUGAAAUGGAAAAUAUAAAACAAAGGCAAUAAUAAAACAGACAGAAUGACUCAAUAUAUAAUGUCCUCGAUAUGUUUUGCUCGAUUCUUCCUCCUCGUCUCUCUCUUUCCCCAAUCGGGAAAUGCACCAGGCAUCGCCUCCACCCCAUUUGCAUCUCCCCUUUCCACCCCACCAUCACCCAUUUCUCUUCGCCUAUCCUACCCUUUCAAUCCAGGUUCUUGCCUCUUCUAACUCUGUCGGGAGUGGCCGUCAUAACAAUCGCUUUCUUACUUCUGCUCCGCCACCACCCAUUCAACCAUGUUUCUCUAAUCUAUCAGCUACCAGAGUUGCUGUUUUAAUCACGCACUGACAACUAGAUCGUUCUUUUUGAGUCCCGUGGAUGGCUCUGUUUUCAGCCUAGUCUAAUUGACCGCCGCAGUAUAGCUACGUGCGUAUAUAAACCUGUCUAUCCUAGUCACAUCUGCCUC